AUGACCACCUCGGCAGAUCGAAUAGCUGCUCGGCUCGUGCAUCAUAUCGACAAUGCUCCUGAACGGCGGAUGAUCAUGCAGACGGCGCGAUUGGAAGACUUCCCAAGGCGAUUGGACGGAAAUGCCAGUCUCCGGGACUCCAUUGCGCUUCUCUGCUCUGUGUGGGCAUCUUACCGCUCCAAGACACCAACUACCGAGUUUAUCAGUAUGCCUUUGUAUGGCAAGGCUAUUCGCAGCUUAUCCCGAACACUUGAGACAGGUCAGGCCAUCUCGGUGGAGACUUUGGCGUCUAUCGCCAUCCUGCAGAGAACAGAAGACCUCUUCGAUCCUGGAGAUCGUCGUUUCAUGCACGAGAAGGGGAUCGCCAGUCUGCUGUCCAGGCUUGGUCCUCCUAAAUCGGAUGAUAAAUUCUACGCAAGCCUGCUGUGUGAAUGCUAUUCAAUAUUGGUACCAUAUUGGGUCAAAACUGGUUGGAACACCAUGCUGGAUGAUCCAGCUUGGAAAGACGCCAUUGUAUCUUGUAUGACGGAUUACAUCGGAAUUCAAGAGUUGCAGCCAAUGCUCGCAUCCUCUCUCACGCAAUAUAACCACGUCUCUCAGAGGCUACCCGAGAUUAUGCGAGGGAUGAUGGCCAUUAACGCGCCAUCUGACAAGGCCCCAGGAAUUGAUAUAUCACCGCUCGUUUCGAAAAUGGCCACUGAGCUUCGUGAUAUGGAAGCUGCAGCAGGGAAAACUAGCUCCUCUGCAAUGGCUAAGGCGAUGGAGCUGGGGGCUGUCACUGAGGUAGACGACCCAACGUUUAUUCAAGGGACUUGCUAUCACUUUUCAUCGACCAACCUCGUUCAAUCGCUCAUUUCGUUUGUUAGUCUUCACCUAUGUCUCCUUCAGUUGCGCUACAAGUGGAGUUCUGCCUACCAGCUUUUCGAUUCACAAGCUCUGUACGCUGCCUUCGAGACAAGGUGUUAUCAGUUGUGGAAAUUCAUCCCGUUCGUGCGAAAGGUCAAACUCUUUCUAGCCAACAUCCACCAGGAUGCGUUUGUGCUGACUCUCGAAAUUGCCAACCACAAGGAGAAAAGCUAUCUAGUAGAUCUGUUUAAAGAAUUGGAUAGUUACGCUCCGGGACGAUUUGAGGCGUUGAUCAAAGCGUCCUAG